AUGAGCUCUGAACAGCAACGACCUUCUUUCCAACUACGAGCAAGUAGACUGGAUGCAGUUGUGUCGAGUAAUUCUCCUGGUCGCCAUAUGUCGGCUCUGUCUGCCGAGUACGAUCGACAAGUGCGGCCAUUCAUCGAUCUAGUCGACUCCCUGAGAAACAGCGGCAUCGAUCAAGACCUCAAUCUACCAUCGAUCGCAGUUAUUGGAGACCAGAGCACUGGCAAGAGCUCCGUGCUUGAAGCUAUAUCCGGGGUUCACCUUCCUCGUGGACAAGGAAUGAUGACUAAAUGUGCACUAGAACUGCGAAUGAAGAGAGAGGAAACGUCCCAAUGGCGCGCGGUACUUCGAACGCAGUUUUUCAAAAAACCUCAACUACAAACUCAAAGUGAUGGUCAUCACAUGACAAAACCAGAAGACGUUGAAAAGGCGGUGUUGACUGCGCAAGACAAACUGGUGGGAAACGAAAGGGCGAUCAGUCUGAAAGGACGGAUCGUACUUGAAGUCACAUCACCCGACGUCCCAGAUCUCACGCUUAUUGAUCUACCGGGAAUCAUUAUGAAUCCGGCGUCCGAUCAACCGUCAGACAUUGUCCAGCAAGUAGAUCAGUUGAUCAAGUUCUACGUUAGUCGUCAAGAAACGAUCAUAUUGUGUGUCAUUCCGUGCCACCAGGAUAUCGCAUCGAAUAAAGCUCUCAGCGUCGCGAGACAACACGAUAAAACGGGUAAACGGACUCUGGGAGUUCUUACUCGUGCUGAUCUAACUGAACCAGGCGCAGAAGGCAACCUAGUCGAUCUCAUCCAGAAAAGAGGGAAAAGCCACAUCAAGUUAGGAUACACCAUCGUCAAGUGUAGAAGCCAACAAGACACCACUAGUGGAGUGACAUUGCAGCAGGCAUUACAGAAAGAGCAAUCGUUUUUUGACUCAAACAAGGUUUUUUCCAAAUUGCCGAAUAGUUGCAGAGGAAUACCAAGUUUGGCACAGACUCUAACGAAACAGCUUGUGGCUCAUAUCAGGUCUUGCCUGCCUGCACUUAUCGAGAGCACUUCUCGAGAACUGCGUCUGACUAAGCAGAAACUCUCUCAGAUUGGUGAACCGGUUCCGGAAGACAAGCAGACGUAUCUUAUAAAUUUACUGCAUGAGUACGUCCGACAGCUCAGGGCUGCAACUGAAGGCGGUAUCGGCGUUGGAACCACUUCUGUGGCCAUUUCAAGUAGUAGAGAUGGCACACUACUUGAUGCAUUUCAGAGUCACAGUGUGCAACUAUUCGCAAAGGCCAGAGAAGCAUUUGAAACAUUAGAAAAGGAAAUGGAAAAGCUAAUGCCAAAUGAUGGCGACCUUCCCGAAAUAGAGACACUACUGCAUAAGUUACGAGGAGGGAAACUUGUCGGGUUCGAAAAUUAUGCAAUAUUUAAAGAACUAGCUCGGGGGAAAGUCUCUUCUCUAGAAACACUAUCCAUGAACUGUUUCGAAGACGUGACAGACUUGGUGCAAAACGCAUUCAUUGAGAUUGCUGAUAAGCAGUUUAGAAGAUUUGAACGUCUGAGGCUGUCUGUGGUUGAGCAAGUACAGGAGCUAUUUGAAAAGUCGAAAGAAGAGGGUCGUAAAUUGCUACUGACAAUGAUGGAAGCGGAGAAAAUCAUUUACAGCAGCGACAAAACUUUUACGAAUUGUCUGCAAAAGAUAACCGAUUCGGAAAAGAUGAAACCACAAAUGCAACUGAAUCUUCCAUGCCGUGAUAGUCAACCAAGUGAAGGCAGAGGUCCUCUUGUCUUACAACGACAGAAUGUUCAGGAGACUGGUUUUACAUUUCCUAGAGCAGUACAAGGUUUAAUCGGUUUAAACGCCGCCAAACCUCUUGGUCUUACUCGCGGGGGACAAGAAAUGUUACGCAAACUAAAGGCGUAUUUUCAAAUAGUACAAUUUCGAUUGGGUGAUUACGUUCCCAUGGUGAUUAUGCACAAUGUCUUUAAGAAAUUUACGCAACAGGUCGAGGCCAAGCUCGUCUCACACGUUUUCACUAGCGUUGAUGAAGGCAACACGGGCUUCACAAACAGAGUACGCCUGACGCCCGACAUGCUAAGAACCAGGCUUCUGCAAGAAGAAGAAGAGCUGACAAUCAACCGCGAGAAUCUGCAGCAAAAAGCAAAAAGACUUCAAGAAGGAGAAAGAAAGUUGAAAUCUUUCUUGAGUGCACGUCAUCUUGACAAUAACUGAACGCAAAUUCAUUGUAACAUGACAGUAGAAUUCUAGGCAAUUAUUUCAGCAUGAUUAUCUCUAGACCUA